UUUAAUUUCAUUUGCCAUUUAACAUCAAUACUCCUAAACUUAUCAGUAUUCGGUCAACCAAUCAAAAUUAUUCAUUAACUCGGUUCCUUGAUUUCAACCAACUAUAAGUCUAUAACUCUAUAAGUGCCCUUAAGUGACAUCAUUAGACAACACCUCAAUUAAAAAGCUAUUUCAAACCCAAGAAAAUAUCAAUGAAUACUUAAGAUCAAUCCUUUAGCUUCCUUUUGUAUAACCCAUAAAAUUAACCAAUACUUACAUACACUCCAACCCAAAAAAAAAAAAAAAAAAUAAAAAUAAAAAAUAAAAAAUAAAAAAUUCAAUCCCCUAAAUUUCAGACUAAUCAGCACGAACCCAACCCGACCCGACUCAUUUCACAUGUGAGGUUAAUUCCCAUGCCUGGUCUUAAUACCAAAGGCGGUUCGGAAUUACACAAACAAGCACUCUUUCACCAAGACUUGUAGAUUAAGCUUAUAAAUUUACACAGAUUGGAGCGUUGCAUGAGGGAUUUCCUUUCUUUUACUUUGUGUUGCAUACUGUAAGCGUGGCAUUAUCAUUCACUGUCAAACAUUCAGGAGCGUCCAGUUCAGAAAAUUUCUUCUCAAAUCCUUUAUUUGGUAAGUGUCACUUGUGGUUAAUUGUAAUUUGUAACUGGGGUCAAUGUGAUUUACUUAAUUGUAAUUGCAUAUUCCCUUGCUUGAAGCCAUUGCUUGUAAAAUAUAUGAUCUUUCAUUUAGUUGCUAGUCUUUGUCAUAAGUUUCUGUUUACUUUGAGACAAUAGUUGACAUCUUUAAUUAAAUUUUUUUGAAGUUGAAUCUCUUCACUUUUUUGUUUUGAUAAAAGAUUUUAUCUUUGCGGUGGUCAUCUGCCUCUUUCUUUUUGGUUUGGUUGCAGUAUGCAAACUUCUAUGCUUGUCAUCUAUGUUACUGGUCUCAGGUUCAGGUAUUUUUGUAGAACAUGGUCACAUGUCAAAGUGUUGGAUUCUGUUUUUUUAAAUAGAAAAUUCUAUGUUUUUGGUAUAAAUGCAAUGUAAUAGCUAUGCAUUUAUUAGAAUGUUGAGGAUUUGGCAUAGUUAAUCUAUGAAAUGUAGUUUGUUAGCUGUACCAGUUAGGCAGUCAAUUUUCUAGAUUGUGCUGUCUAUCUAAUGAAGCAUUGUCUACCUUCAAUAUGAAAAACCUUUUUUAGAAGAGGUUAGUGUAAUAGUUAUUAAGGAAAAAAAAAAUGCAUAAGUUAGGAGGUACUUGGAGAAUUAUUUUUGCCUUUUGGAUUUCAAGUAACUACUAACUGGAUUGCUGUAAUUUUUGUACUGUCUGAUGGAGUCCACUGUAAAAAACAAUUACUAGGAAAGGCUGAUAUGGGUAUGACAGUAAAAUGUUUUUAGUCACUUCAGUGUUGGUGAUUGCAUAGGCUGCCCAUUUUGAUUGUAGAAUAUAAUUAGCAGAUCUGUGGAUAGAUUUGUGAGUGCAUUGGGGACAGAUGAUCUUUAGUUUAGACUCUCUCUACUUCUUUGUGCUGAUGUAUUGAUGUAUUGUGGAUUGCUGGGAUGAACCCGUGUCAGCAAUGUGUACAUCAUGCUCACCCUCUUUUGUACUCCAAGUGGACACAGUGCUUGUUCCUUUAUCAAUUUAUCCUCCUUUUUCUAGACUUGUUGAUUUGCCUGUUUGCUGUUUACACCUUCACUAGAGUCAUUUGUGGAUGCUUAUACUAGCAUCAAGGACCCAAGGUGAUGGAUGUGGGAAAGCUUAGGGUUGUAAUAUACGCUGUUACUUUUGACUUUUGAGGAUGUUAAAUUUUUACUUUAGCCUUUGAUAGGAGCUUGGAAGCAUAAAGGAAAGCUGGAACUCUUGUAGAUCUUAUAUCUCUUAGGUUGUCUGACCUGUACUUUUAGAAUGAUAGUUGGGUAUGUGCUAGCAGAAAUUCUCUUGUAGACCUAUAUGCAUUUACUUUGCCUGUACAGUUGCAACUUAUUCUUUCUGGGUUGAUCUAGAGUAUUCUGAUUCCUGGGGAACUAUAUAGACCAAGGUAAUGGCGAAUAUAUUUUAUUUUUCUUUCUAGUGUAUGUGCUUUCUGUUAUAUAGUAAUAUAAUGCUUGUGUAUUCCUGAGGAUAUAAUUGCCUGUUGGAAGGCUUUGUUAGGAUUGUUCUUAGUUCAACAAGUACAAAUUUUAGGAGACUGUGAAAUUGUGAGAUUGGAUUACCUCAAUGAAUUAAGCCUAUUGUUUGAUAGAUCUUGUUUACGCUAUCAAACUAUUAUUUUACUUAAGUUUACCUAGGAUAGGGUGAUGAUGAUUGUUAUAGAGAAUACGCCUAAAGGCUGAUAUUACACGUUCUAUAUGUGUGCUGCCAAGACUUUGAAUUUUCUACCCAUUUUGUUAGUCUACUAGGCUUUCUUACCACUUCACUUGAUUUCUAUUGAACCGAAACUAUUUUUACCAAUUACAACUGGUUUCACUGAUUAUUUUUUUUUUUUAAUGAAUAAAAUAUACUUUACUGAAUAUUAAUUUUGUUAGAUGAAUUAAUCAAACUUGUUCUUAGGUAAAAGACUUUGUUAUAGCUUUAUAAUCAUAUGUGCUGCUUUUACCCUGUUCUAGGUCGAUGCUUGAGUGUCCUGGGUGUCGUUUUUUUUUUGGUGGGGUGUGGGGGGAGGGAGUAUGAAAGAUAAGUAGAUGAGUGUUUUGGGUUUUACAUACUUGCAGUCCGAAAGACUUGUCAUGUACAUCGUUGCUCUUACUGGUUCUGAUAUCCGAAAAUUUGAAGUGCCAGGAUAUCUUCCACAAUCCAAUAAAUUAUUUAUAUCUUCCCUAAGAAGUUCUUUGAUUGUCUUAACUUUGGAAAGAUCUCUAAUAUGUUCUUAUGAGAUACUUCAGUGCAUACAAGAUGGCUGGUAAGAAAAGAAGCAUGUCCUUGGAUGCAGAUGUGUGUGAUGUGCAAAAGGAAUGGGAUGCAGCAUUGUGCCCCAUCUGCAUGGAACAUCCUCAUAAUGCAGUUCUUCUUUUGUGCACCUCACAUGCAAAAGGCUGUAGAUCUUAUGUCUGUGAUACAAGUUACAGGCAUUCAAAUUGCCUGGAUCGGUAUAGGAAACUCAAGACAGACUCCAACACCAAUUCACCAGAUACCUCACUUGAUCCUACAACCCUCCAGGAUUCAAGCCUGGUUUCUGACCCUCAAUUAACCCCAUUGUUUGGAAAUGAGUUACCUGUGCCUCAUAGGGUCCACAACAGAGGCAAUAGAGUCACAUCAACUAGAAGGUCCAGUGAUUCUGCUGAUUAUGAUAUUGAACAAGAGGCUAUAGGAAGACAAAAUUUCGAAUCUUUGAGGGAUAGGUUGGAACAUGAUGAACUGGCAAAAAAGUCAAAUUUAAAAUGCCCUCUAUGUAGGGGAGAUGUAUUAGGGGUGACAGUUGUAGAAGAGGCUCGUAAUCAUUUAAAUUUGAAGUCUCGGAGCUGUACUCGAGAAUCAUGCACAUUUGUAGGUAACUAUCGUGAGUUGCGCAGGCACGCAAGGCGUGAUCAUCCCAGAGUUCGACCUGCUGAAAUUGAUCCAUCAAGACAGCGAGCUUGGAGACACUUGGAGCAUCAGAGAGAACAUGAUGACAUUGUUAGUGCUAUCCGAUCAGCUAUGCCAGGGGCUGUUGUGCUCGGUGAUUAUGUGAUAGAUUACAAUGAUAGAGAUAGGCCACCAGUUGAAAGGGAGAGGACAUCAUCAGAUGCUAGUGGGCGGUUGUUUACUACCUUGUUUUUCUUCCAGAUGCUUGGAUCUAUGCAAUCCUUGGCAGGACCAAGGAGUCGUUCUCGGCCAUGGACAAGGCAUAGACGCUCGUCAGGGGGUUCAUCCCGGCAAAGGUACCUUUGGGGGGAGAAUCUUCUGGGCCUACAAGAUGAAGAUGGUGAUGGUGAUGGUGAUGAUAGCUUUACAGACGAUGAUGAGAUGAAUGUGUUUGCGGAUGAGGCGGAGCCAGGCACUUCAUCCGCUCCAAGACAGCGACGUCGUUUAACCCAAUCAGGGUUUAGGAGAGACCGCUUAUGAAAUACUAAUCUUGAAUGGAACCUUCAUCUACCAGCAUAAUGAUAACUGGUCAUUAGUCAGAAGGGCAGUAGUCUCAAGCGAUUUGCUCUGAAGGUAGCAUCAUGUUCGCAGUUGGAGAUUGCCAGGUUCAAAUUAGCUCUGCUGUGUGUAGCUCUUCAUUUCUUCAUGUUUUAGUGGCCUGUCAAAUUUAGUGAGCUUAAUUUAAGCUUGCUGUUGUAAAUUUAGGUUUCUCAGGUCAGGAACAUUUCAAAUUUCAAUUUGAAUCACCCAUGUAUAGUUUGCAUAUUUACAUUUUAGAAAACUGCCAUCUUCUUUUCCAAGAAAAAUCUCUUUAUCUUUCAACAAUUCAUGCAUAUUCUUUCGUGGUC